CAUCGUCGCAGUUGUGUUUGUCCCGUCUCGUGGUUUCAUUCUCGUCACACGUCCGCUGUAACGCGCUUUGCGUUCCCUUUGUGUUCCACGUUCGCCUGACCUUUGUGCCUUUGUGCCGCCGAUUGUACACACACACGUUCCCGAACGCGUGUGCCCUACACAAGAACCAUGGGUACCUCUGUACUCCUCUGCUGUGCCCUUGCCGUCUUCGGGUUCUUAGCUACGUCGUCUUUAGGUGCUUUAACCGGUGGCGUCGAAGAUGUCAUCCAUCAAAAACACAUCAAACAGUUGGGGCUGAACGAAUGUACAUAUGGCCCAGGAUAUUGGUGCUCAACUCUUAAAACUGCAGCUAAAUGCAAAGCUGUUAAUCAUUGUAUUCAAACAACUUGGGAAACCCAAUAUUACCCAGAAGACAAUGAUGAUAUUUGUACUAUUUGCAAAAACAUGGUGAAAGAAGCUCGUGACACACUAGAGAGUAACAUUACAUUGGACGAAUUGAAACAAGUUUUCUAUGGAUCUUGUCAAUUAUUACCACUGAAAAUUGUUAAAAAUGAGUGUAAAAAAUUAUCUGAUGAAUUCAUACCAGAACUUGUUGAUACUUUGGCUUCACAAAUGGAUCCAAAUGUUGUUUGCACUGUUUCUGGUUUGUGUAAUAAUGAACGCAUUGAUGAACUACUGAGAAAUAGUGAAAAUAAACAACUAGAAGUUUCUACUGAAUACUCUGAUUGUCAAAAAUGUGCUAUUGCUAUGGACAAAGGUGAAGAUUUAGUACAGAAAAUGUCUAGAGAUGAUCUUCUAAAUAAAGUACUGAUGAUGUGUGGAGAAUUAAGCAGUUAUUCUGAUGCAUGCAGUAGUAUUGUAUUAAGGUAUAACAAUGAAAUUUACAAUGGAUUUAAAAAUUACUUCAGUAUACGUAAUGUAUGUAUGUUAAGUGGAAUGUGUCCUGCUUCAUUCCAACCCUAUGCCGAUGAUUAUGAAGAAUCAAAAGGUCUUUUAAUGGAUGUUGAAAUCAAUAAUGCUGGUGAACGUGGUAGAAUUCAAAAAUCAUAUAAAAAAAAGAAAGUUAGUGAUGAUUUGACUUGUGAAUUCUGUGAAAGCAUGGUUAAACAUUUAAGAGAUAUUUUAGUAGCCAAUACAACCGAAGAACAAUUUUUAGAUGUGCUCACCGGUCUUUGUAAACAAACCAGAUCAUUCUCACAAGAGUGUUUAGAAAUGGUCAAUAACAACUAUGGACGUGUGUAUCAGUUUCUUCUUACAGAAUUAAAUGGAAAAGUACUCUGUUCAAUAAUCGGUAUCUGCCCCAAUACUCGUUAUAGUGAGGAUUAUAUUGCACCAAGAUACCCUCUUAUUCCAGUUGAACUUUUACAAACCGAAGCAAGCAAUUCAUUCACUGAAAAAGAGAAGGUUGUGGUUGAUGAACAGCCACCAAAAGUUAAGGAUAUUAAAAAAUCUACUGUUGAUAUCUUUACUCAGCAAAUGCACUUUGUUGUUAAUGUGGAUAUGCCUACGGAUAAAACUGCUUGUUUUCUCUGUCAGUCAAUUUUAAAUUAUGUUCAACAAGUUGUUACUGAUCCAAAAUCCGAAGAAGAAAUUCGUUCUGCGUUAGAAAAGUCCUGCUUAAUUGUACCAUCAUCAUAUGAAUCACAAUGUAAACAAUUCAUUGAUCAAUAUGGAGAUGCAUUUAUUUCUCUUAUAGCUCAAGAAGUUGAUCCAUCUAUUAUCUGUCCCGAACUCAAACUAUGUCCAGCUACAGAUCUAUCUAUAAUCACAAACAAAGAUAGUGAAAGUAUCCCGGAGUGCUCAAUGUGUAUUAUUUUUAUGUCGGCGUUAGAAUCUGAUAUCUCUAAUAACAAUACUGAAGCAGAAUUGAAAAAUACAUUGGAAAAGUUAUGUACUAAACUGCCAACUAAUUGGAAAGCAAAAUGCUCAGAUUUUGUUACAAAUAAUUUAGAAAGUAUACUUGACAUGUUGAUUGCUCAAAUUCCACCUCAAGAAAUAUGUGUUUUAUUAAAUAUUUGUACACCCAAAACCAUCUCUGAUAGCGCUGCAAAUGAAAUUGAAUCAAAUAUGAUAGCCACUUCUGGACUAGUCACAGUUGUGUUGCCAGGGUACAAUAUGGGACAAUUAUUGGCCAACAAUUACAAAAUGUUGGAAGAACCGAAAAUUCCAACACCAUUUUGUCUGGUCUGUACUGUUGUUAUGAAAUAUCUGAAUUCUGAGAUCGAAGACAAAUCAAAUCAAGAUGAAAUUGAAAAAGUUAUGAAUUCAGUGUGCAGAAUAUUACCAAAUGUCGAAGAAAGUGAAUGUGAGAUCUUUAUUUAUACAAACUAUAGACAAAUUAUAAAUGCUUUAAAAAUAGGAACUAACCCAGCCAUAGCAUGUAUGGCGUUAAUGGUCUGCGAAGAAGUAAUUGAUGAAACUAAAUAUAAUAUUGAAAAGAUGAGUGAGGUUAUGCAGCCAACUACAACAAAACCUGUAGAAUUAGAUACUUCCAGUGAGUGUGCUGUAUGUGAAGCAUUUGUCUCUGUGUUCAAUGAUCGUUUGAACAACAAAUCAGUCAACAUUGAUGAAAUAGAUUUAAUGGAGUUAUGCUAUGAAGUUGAUAUAAAACACAAGGAGCAGGUGACUGGUAUGAUUAUACUUCUAAAAUUUGGUUGUACACUUAAUGCUCGAGACACCAAUAACGAUUGGCUCAUUAGAAGUUUAAUAAAUUUGAUGCGGCCUACUUGUACUCAACCAUGUGUAAGAAAAUUUCAUCCAAAAUGUACAAUUUGCAAGGACGUGAUACAUGAUAUCAAAAAUAAAAUCAAAAGCUCUAAAAUUGAAGAGCACAUUAAGUUUAGAUUGGAAGCAUUAUGUGAUCCAUUACCUGACAAGGAUAAGUGCAUUAACUUAGUGGAAGAAUAUUCAAAUAAAAUCAUCAACACUAUAUUGGAUGAUAUUAAAGAUGAAAGUGUAUGUGCAGAAAUAGGAUACUGUUAAUUCUAUAAGUUAUCCUUAAACUAUUUUAUAUAUUAAUAUAAUUGUAAGAAUAUUACCUACUAUGAUAAAUAAAAUUAAGAACUGAA